AUGAGAGACGCAUCUCUCUUGGUCAGCUUGCCGGACAGCUUGGUGGAUUUAUUGGCAGUAGUGAAGAUUAAUGUAAAUCAGCUUAUUAAGCUUUUGGAAACAUCUUGCGGAGAUAAGGGGUGUGAUUGUUAUGAUAAGAAAUUCCGUGAUGGCCUUAAAAAUCUUCAAAAGCAAUUUAAUGAAGUUGAUGAAAUUGAAACAAAAAUUAAUAGCCUUAAAAAGCAGAAAGAUGAAAAAGGUAAGGCGUCCGAAGGGACGCCGUCCGGCAGUGAUCGUGAGAUUCAGAAGAAAAUUGAUGCAAAAAAUAAGGAACUUGAAGAGCAAAAAAAGCUUGUUGAAGAGCAAAUUACGCAGCUUAAAAGUGCUUUAAAUGAUCCUAAAGACAAAAUUAGUGAAUACAUUAACAGCCUUAAUGACAAAAUUGAUGCGCAUAAAAAGGAAAUUGAGCAGCAUAAAAAGAAUGAGCAGCUUAAAAAUGCUAAUAAAAAUAUCUCCAUUCCCUCCCAUCUUUCUAGUCAGCUUGAAACUGCGCAGGCUAAAUUGAAGUCUCAUGAGGCUUCGUUGGGGUCUCUUGAAAAUCUUGGAAAGCUUUGUCAACAUUGUAAGGAUGUUGACGCUAAAAAAGAUAAAACUCCAAAAGAUAUUUUAGAGAAUCUUACUGAAGGCCUCGAAAAAUUUCUCGGCUACGAGAAUGGUAAUUACACCGGAGAAGGAAUCGUGUACUCCGACCUUGACAGGCUGUGUGACGGGGUGAUGUCUUUCCUCCUCCAUUGCCUUAAAGGCAGUGAAGGCUUGUUAACGUUUUAUAAUCCUAAGAUUCCCAGUAUCAUUAGUGAGUUAAGUGCUGUAACAGGUAAGGGAUCUGGUGUCAAGGGAUUUGCCGAGGCCAUUGAGAGUGUUCGUCAGGGGCUGGAGGGGUAUGAAAGUGGGAUGACGAGUAAAAGUAAGAAGGUUGUAGAGGAUGUGACAACCAUACAGAGUAAUUUCACAAGUUUAAGAGAGUAUUUAGAGAAUACGAAUAAUAAAAAUUUGCAGGCGCAAUUACAACAGGUGCAAGAAAAAUCAAGACUCUACUGGGUGAAGGCUUCGUUGGCCGAAGAGGCCAGGAAGGCUUUGGAUCCCGCGCUUUCAGGUAAGUUAGAUAAGCAUGUCUCAUUGGGUGUGCAUGCGGCGGACACUUUCAAGAAGAUUGCGUUCAACCCUGAGAAUAUUGACACAGCGAUAGAGCAAGGCAUUACAGAUGUACAAAAGACGUUAAAUAGUGGGUUUGAUGGAAUUAAACAAAAACUUGAAAGCUUGUAUCAAAAGAAAGAUGAGCAAUUCACGUCGGUCAAUGAAAGCAUUAAAGACGCAAAGAUGUUGGUCAGUGAGCUGCUUGCAAAAGAUGCAAAAAAAUUCAACGAUCAAUAUAGAGAUUAUAUCAUUGCAAAGUUCGAAAGCUUGAAACUAAGUGCCGCGGCGCUGAAAGUUGAUCCAAACCCAGGAACGCAGUGCCAACUUGAAAAGGAAGUUAAUGCUGUUAAGCAGGCCGUUGAGGAGAUUGAGAUUGCAUACCAGAAAAAAUUGAGAGACGUUAAAAUGAAAGUUGAUUUGGCGGUAAACCAGGCUGUGAGCCUCUUCAAACUGUGGAUACUGCAGUUAAAAAAUGGGUUGAAGCAUGUUCGUGAGCAAAUUAAGAUACAGCUGCAAGGAUUCCUUCAGCAUGUGUGGACUGCGGUGGAAUUGGGUAUGCAGAGAGCUGCGGUUGGUGACACUUAUUCACCCACUAAAGGUGUUACGGGUUUGGAAACAGGUUUUCAAACUGCUAAGUUGAAUGACUUAGAAACCAGAUUUAGAGAGGUGGCUCAUGAUAAUCCUGAACUUGCCAAAAAAAUUCAAACGGUGUUAAGUGAUCUUAAUCUUGUGAAAGAUGAUAAAAGUGGCACCCCAACUGGUGAUGUUUUAUUCGAGCAACUUGGUGGAGACAUAAAGGCUGCCUUAGAAAAUCAACUUAAGGAUGUUAUAAAAGAUGAAAUUAGUCUAAUAGACUUAACUACUCUCAUGAAUGCCUAUUACAGGAGAGGAGAUGCAGAGCAUGGAGAACACGUUAGGCUUAGAGGCCUGAUUAAUCUGAUUAAGGUACCCGUUUCCAAAGACGGUUUCACUGGCGAUGGAGUCACAGCAGGCUUCAAACCUGUGGAGAUGGAUGGUUACACGCACAAGCAAGUCAGAUCACACGACAAUGAAGGCGUCAAGUCCAAUUACUACCGGGCAUUGCAAAAAGUUGUAAAUAACAUCAAUAAUCUUGAAUCCCUCCUGGCGCUAUUGAAGAUGCUAGAAAGGCAGAGAAGAGAAUGGAGUUAUUGA